ACAGUGCUGGGGCUGAGACCCCCCUGACGCAGAGCUCUGGCUCCACAGAGCUGCUGCAAUGAUGUGGAGCAGCAUCGGCUCCUCGGAAACAGCAGUGGAGAAGGUGCUGCCAACACUACUCCGAGUGAUGGAGGACUGGCCAGUGCAUGGAAUGUCCACCUCCGAUGGCGACAACAGAGACGUGUUUGCCCUGGCUGCAACCCUGGCACUGUGGCUGAUCAUCCAGGAGCCCAAGUGCCAGGAUGCAGUCAUGAAUUACAUCCCCCGCCUGCUCGUGGCUCUGCUGUUCCAAGUGUCCAUGAGCACAGAGCAGGUGCCAGAAGAGGUGAACACCUUCUGGAGGGGAUGCCUGGAGCAACACCACCUUCCCACCCAGCCCAACAGGUUUUUGGUCCAGACCAUCAAGGCCCUGCUCUGCCGGCUGCAGUGGGACAAUGAGGUGGUGUCAGUGGAGCGCAAGUGUGGCUGGGACACGCUCCUCUGUGCUGAUACCCAGCAUUAUGCAGUGGGGCUGCUGGCCAGGGAGAUGCGCCACAUCUUGCUCCCUUUCUAUUCCCCAAUGGCAAUCCACCUCCUGGGGCUGCUCAGCACUGAGGACCCCCGUUGGGAGCUGCCUGCUCUGGCCUUCCUUGUCGAGGUCCUGGACUUUCUGGACAGGAGUAAAUGUUGUGACAGUGUCCUGCCCAUCCUCUCAAGGAACCUGCGGAGCCAGUGCCAAGAGAGGCAGCGCCUGGCGCUCAGAGGCCUCCUGGUGCUUGCUGUGGAUCCCUCAAUGGCCCAAAGCAUCUGCAGCCUGUCUCAACACCUCCUGGAGCUGCUGCCUGAUGCAGAUGGAGAGCUGGUCGUGAUGACCCUCUCUGUGUUUGAGGGUAUGCUCCAGGAUGAAGACAUUCGGGCAUUCGUCUCCACUGCCCCCAAGCUGGCUGAGGCGCUCCGGCCACUCUUUGACAAUGACAACACCCAAGUGCAGCUGCUCUCCAUUCGCCUCUUCCAAACGGUGAUGGAGCUGCUGGUGGAAGAGGGAACACAGCUCUUGGAGACACAGGUGCACCAGAGCCUGGUCCCACUGUUCAUCCAUGGGCAUGACGAGAACCAGUGCGUGGCAGAGGCCUCUUGGGAAGUGCUGCUUUGCGCUGCCAGGUUCCUCAAGAGAAGGGACCUGGAGAAGCUGCUGAGGAAAGAGCAGCACUUCAAGUUCUGCGAUUGCCUGAUGGACAAGGAUGUGAGCCGAAGGGCCGAGCACCUGCACCAGGCCCUGCCCUACCUGCAGAGCUCACAGCAGCCCCUGCGAGAGGCGGCCGUCAGGUUCAUGGGGAUUGCUGCCUGGCACAUGCAAGACCUGCAGCUCCUCAUGAGGGCCUUUGAAGCCAUGAGCCAGGACGACUGCCCGUCCUACUGCACCAUGCGGACUGAAUUCUUGUCCGCUUUCAGACGGGCAGUAACAAAGUAAUCUCCAGCCAGACAACCUGCGUCCCUCCAACAGCACUGGAAGACCAAGGGACGAGACCACUUCUCAUGGGAGCUGGAGAUUCAGCUGAUGCUGGGCCCAACUGAGCCAGCUGGCAAGGCCAGGCAGCUCCUGGCCUGCCCACCUCUAUGAACAGCCCCUUCCCUUCCCAAACCUUACCUUCCCAAACCUUCCCAAACCUUCCCAAACCUUCCCUUCCCAAACCUUCCCAAACCUUCCCAAACCUUUCCAAACCUUCCCAAACCUUCUCCUGCCCACACUUAAUCCUCCCUUUCCCCUUAGCUUAAGAAGGUUCAUCCCUUCCCCUUAGAUUAAUAAACAUCAGCUCCCCUCCUCUCCCC